AUGCAUCUCUCAUCACUUCUUGCACUAUUCUUCUUCACUUGCCUCUCCAUACUUACUACUAAUGCUUCUUUAGACCCAUGUUCCGGUUCGGGUUCGAGUUCGGACCUAUCCGUAAUCCACAUUUACGGAAAAUGCUCACCGUUCGACCCGCCGAAGCCUUCUUCGUGGGUCAAUACGGUACUCAACAUGGCGUCGACGGAUCCUAAGAGGUUCUUCUACUUGUCGAGUCUCGUCGACCAGAAGCCCAACUCGGUCCCUAUCGCCCCGGGUCAAGUUAUAAACAUUGGGAACUACGUCGUCCGAGCGAAAAUCGGGACGCCGGGUCAGCUCAUGUUUAUGGUCUUGGACACUAGCAACGACGCCGCAUGGCUCCCUUGCAGUGGCUGCACCGGAUGCUCUCCGACCGUGUUUGCUCCGAACACGUCGUCUAGUUACGCGCCGUUGGAAUGCUCCGUCCCUGAAUGCACCCAAGUUAGCGGGGUCUCGUGCCCGACAGGCGGAUCGGGUUCUUGCAACUUCAAUAGAUCCUACGGCGGGGAUUCCUCGUUUUCGGCCACGCUAUCGCACGACGUUCUAACGUUAGGUAACGAUGCGAUUCCAAACUAUGCGUUCGGAUGCAUCAACGCCGUCUCGGGAAGCUCCAUCCCGCCGCAAGGAUUGCUCGGCUUGGGUCGAGGCUCCGUGUCGCUCCUCUCGCAAACCGGACCUCUCUACUCGGGAGUGUUUUCGUAUUGUUUGCCUAGCUUCAAGUCGUACUAUUUCUCCGGUUCGCUCAAACUUGGACCUCUUGGCCAGCCGAAGAACAUUAAAACCACGCCGCUCCUCAAGAACCCGCGCAGAUCUUCUUUAUACUACGUGAACCUCACCGGGGUCAGCGUAGGUCGGGUCAACGUCGUCCUUAACCCUGAAUUGCUAUCAUUCAACUCCAGCACCGGAGCUGGAACCAUCAUCGAUUCAGGGACAGUCAUAACACGGUUCGUCCAACCCGUGUACGAGGCAAUCCGGGAUGAGUUCAGAAAACAAGUGGCCGGUCCAUUUAGCUCGCUUGGCGCAUUCGACACAUGCUUCUCUGUAACACAUGAGCAGAUUGCGCCAAUCAUUACGUUUCACUUCACGGGGUUGGACCUGAAGCUGCCGUUGGAGAACAGUUUGAUACACAGCAGCUCAGGCACGCUUGCUUGCCUCGCUAUGGCAGCUGCGCCGGGGAAUGUGGACUCGGUGCUCAAUAUUAUCGCAAGCCUGCAGCAACAGAACCUCAGGAUCUUGUUUGAUACAGCAAAUUCACGCCUGGGAAUCGCUCGGGAACUCUGUAAUUAG